AUGGUAUUUCUAAUAGCAAGUUACGUAUUCUUGCCCAGCUUGAAUGCCAACUUGACUACCAGAAAAGUUCUUAUUCCUUUUGCAUUCAGUGUGCUUCUUUUUAGCGCUACUGAUUUUUUCACAAUUCAGCAGAAACGUAGUCAGUGCGUAAACCCGAUUCAGCAAGCAACAAUAAGCGAUAACAGGCUUUGCUUAAUUCAAUCAUUCUUGGCUCUCGGCGGGGCGUACGCGCUUGCGUGUUGGUCGGCUCUGGUAAUCGUGCAUCUUCAUUUCCUUUCGGUCUGGCGCAGCAAAUUUAUAAUAGUUCAUAUAAGGAGUUUUCACAUAGCGAUCUGGUCCAUCUCCAUACUUGCUACGAUAAUUCCAAUAGUUACACACCACGUUGCAAGUGGAAACAUAUGUUUUAUUACGCCUGAAGCAAGCCCAAUGUUCUAUUUUCCGUUGAGCUUUAUUUACGUUGCAUUUGCUGUGCAUGUGGCCACGGUUAUUUAUAUUGCAAAUGUUACCUUGAAAGUCUGGGACGAGGAUUCAAAAGAAUCAAAUAUAGCACAGCGAGCAUUGGUUAAUGAAUCUCAAAGAACAUUGAUAUAUGCAAGAGAAAUGGUUAGGCUCCAAUGGCGCGCUCUAGCAGGGGCUUUCUUAAUGGUCACCGUUUAUACUACUGCUUGGACUUUUUUCACCUUUAAAUACAAAUUACCAGAUUUCAAAGCUCAAUGGUUUGAAGGAUGGCUUCAAUGUCUCGAAACCGGCACCCAAACUUCGUGCUCUUCGAUCUCCGCCCCAUACUUUCCAAAGUUUUCCCUAAUAAUAUGGUUACUGCUAAUAAAGCGUUGUGUUGGCAUAUUUAUUUUUAUAAUACUUGCUGCUAAAAAAUCCACAUUCCGCGGAUGGAUAGAAGUGUUACGAGGGAACAGUAAAUCUGAAGUGACGGCGAGUCCUGUGCACGGAGAUGCUGUCGUACAAAUUACCUCGGUGUAG